AGCAUGUUCGCCGCAGCCACCAAGAACUUUGUGAAGCAGGUGGGCGACACGGGGCGCCUGGUUGCCGUGCCGAGCCUCAGCGAAGCCGACCGCUACCAGCCGCUCAGCCUGGUCGCCAAGAGGAGGCGGCGCCUCUGGAGGAGGAGCCAGUUCGGGUCGACGCCGUUCUCCCUCAAGGACAUCCUGCUGGGGGAGAAGGAGAUCACGGCAGGCGUCUCCUCCUACCAGCUGCUCAACUACGAGGACAAGUCGGACGUGUCCCUGAGCGGGCGGCUCGGGAACCACCUCGGCAGCGACGUGGGCGUCAACGUCGCCGGGUCCGACUCCAUCGCCGUCAAGGCCUCCUUCGGCGUCGUGACGAAGCACGAGGUGGAGGUUCCCACCCUGCUGAGGGAGCUCAGCACGAGGAAGGUGGACACGGACCACUGCCUGGUGCGCCAGUCACGCAAGAGCGGGCGCGUCGUCCUGGCCGUCGUGGUGGAGAGCAUCCGCACGACACGCCAGUGCUCCCUCAGCGUGCACGCAGGGGUGCGAGGGAGGACCAUGAGGUUUCAGCUCGAUGACGACCGCAACCCGAAAGGGCGCGACAAGGCCAUCGUGAUCCCGGCGCACACCACCAUCGCCUUCAGCGUCUUCGAACUGUUCGUGCGACUCGACGGGAGACUCGACCUGUGCGUGACCUCCGACUCCCCCGGGGGCUUCGAGGACGAGCCGAGGCGGGAGCGGCUCAGGGGGCUCAUGGCACGCGUGUCCGUGGGGCGGCUGCGCAGGUUCCUCUCGGGAAUCGUGUACGGAAAUCCCUUUCGAGCAGACGAGCGCACGUUCGACGAGCUCGCGCACUCGGACUGGUACAGCGAGGAGCCCGUCACCGACUACUCGGAGAAGGCGGCGAGCACGACGGACGUCUCCACGGCCUACCUGAGGGAGGGUGCGCACGCCCGCGCCAACCUGCUCAACCACAGCAUCCCCAAGGGGCCGUGCGCCGUGUGCGGGACGGGCCACCAGCGCAGGGAGACCGUGUACGGCUGCCUCGAGUGCUCCGCCCACAGCCAGAGGCACGUGCACUUGCACGUGGUGCCCUGCUUCGACCUGUGGCACAAGACGCUGCGCUGAGCGG